AUGUAUUAGGGUUAUGGAGGAGGUAAGGCAGCAAAGAAUAAAGCAUUACAUGCUUCAUAUAUUGAUGUUAAUUCAAUUAGAAAUUCGAAUACAGACUAUUUUAUGUCCACUGCUGAUCAAUAGACUGAUGCAAGCACAACUUUAAUGAUGAAUGGGAACAAGGUAAAUCUAGCUGAACUAAAUGAAAUCCAUAGAAUUUCUGAAAGAAAAGAUAUAUUUUAUCUACUGAUCAAAUCUCUUUGUCCCUCUAUAUAUGGUCAUGAAUUAGUAAAGGCUGGUCUACUUUUAAGUAUGUUUGGUGGCACAGAUCAUAGACUAAAGAAUAAAGGAGAAUUUUAAGAUUUCAUGUGUUAAGGGGACAAAUAAAAUGGACAGCAGGAUGAUGAUGAGGGCUAGAAGCCUGGAUCUAAUGUUAGACCAGAUAUUCAUAUGCUCAUGGUCGGUGAUCCAGGUCUUGGUAAGUCCUAAAUGUUGAAGCAUAUUAUUAAUGUUGCACCUCGAGGAGUGUAUGUUUGUGGUAAUUCAACAACUAAUGCUGGUUUAACAGCAACUUUAAUAAGAGACUAAUUUACGAAUGAAUAAACAUUAGAAGCUGGAGCUUUAGUUUUGAGCGAUCUGGGUAUAUGCUGUAUAGAUGAGUUUGAUAAAAUGACUAGCGACUAAAACUCAUUACUUGAAGCCAUGGAAUAAUAAACUAUUUCAAUUGCAAAAGGAGGUAUCUUAGGAUCAUUAUCAGCAAGAUGUAGUAUUAUUGCCUGUGCAAAUCCUCAUACUGGACAUUAUAAAGCCGAUCACUCCAGAAAAGCUUCAAAACUUGGAUUAGGUUGUAAAGAGAUUAAAAUAUACAGACUCAGCUGUGUCAUCUUAAAUGAUGAUAGACGAUGA